AUGCUACGCCGUGCUGCUUUGAGAGCGUCGCUGUACGCUAUACCGCCCAGGGCAGGCGCAACUAGCGCAGCGGUAGCGCGCCCGCGACCCGCCACAACCAUCCGCACUCGCCUGUUCGCGACCGAAGUCCCCUCGAUACCGCUGAACCCGGAUGUGCAGCCGUAUGAGACGCUUGUAAUCGGAGGAGGUCAUGCUGGAUGCGAGGCGGCAGCUGCGAGUGCGAGGGCGGGCGCGAGGACUCUCCUCCUCACCCAGAGGUUGGAUACCAUCGGAGAGAUGAGCUGCAACCCGAGCUUCGGCGGCAUCGGCAAGGGUACGCUCGUUCGCGAAGUCGACGCUCUUGAUGGACUGUGCGGGAAGAUCUGCGACAAGGCCGGCAUCCAGUUCCACGUCCUGAACAAGUCGAAGGGACCCGCUGUCUAUGGCUACCGCGCGCAAAUAGACCGCAAGCUGUACAAGAACGAGAUGCAGGCGGUCCUCUCGUCCUACCCGAACCUCGACAUCCGCAAGGCUGCGGUACAGGACAUCGUUCUUUCGCCUCCAGUUGAGGGAGAGGAUGCGAGGACAGGGCGGAAGAUUAUCGGGUUGCGGCUUGAUUCCGGCGAGGUCAUUCCCUGCAAGUCAAUCGUCAUCUGCACCGGCACCUUCCUCGACUCGGAACUUCACAUCGGCAUGGACAUCAUCCCGAAGAAAGGCCGAAUCAACGAAGCCUCAACGCACACCCUCUCCGACUCGCUGCGAGAAGCGGGCUUCGAGCUCGGUCGGCUCAAGACGGGAACGCCGCCGAGGUUGGCGAAGGACAGCAUCAACUACGAGGGGAUGAGCGAGCAGGUUGGAGACGAUCCGGCGAAGCCGUUCUCGUUUUUGACGGACCGGGUUGCAAACCAGGACAACCAAAUCUCGUGCUUCCAAACGGCGACGAACGAGGCUUCGCAUGCUAUCAUCCGCGACAACAUCCACCGAACCGUUCAUGUGCGAGAGACUGUCAAGGGUCCUCGCUACUGCCCAUCGAUUGAGUCGAAGGUUCUUCGCUUUGGCGACAAGCUUAGUCACGUCGUCUGGCUCGAGCCGGAAGGUUACGAUUCGGACCUGAUCUACCCGAACGGCAUCUCAAUCACCCUUCCCGCCGAGCAGCAGCUCGACUUCCUCCGCACAAUCCGUGGUCUCGAGAACGUCGAGAUGGUCCAGCCUGGCUAUGGCGUCGAGUACGACCACAUCGACCCUCGCGAGCUUAAGCACACGCUCGAGACAAAGCGCAUCUCGGGUCUCUUCCUCGCCGGCCAGAUCAACGGCACGACAGGCUACGAAGAGGCGGCUGCGCAGGGCGUCUUGGCCGGCAUUAACGCUGGUCGAGCGGCGUUGGGCGAGGAGCAGCUGAUGCUCAGUCGAGCGGAUGGGUUCAUUGGUGUCAUGGUGGACGAUCUCGUGACGAAGGGCGUGAACGAGCCUUAUCGCAUGUUCACCUCGCGCUCCGAGUAUCGCGUCUCCUUGCGAGCGGACAACGCCGACCUUCGCCUGACGGAGAAAGGUCGCUCGGUCGGCAUCGUUGGCGACGCGCGAUGGGCCACAUACCAGAGCACCAAGGCGGACAUCGAGGAGGGGAUCAGGAUGAUGGAGGAGCACAAGAUGACGCCGGACUGGUGGUGCACGCGUGGGUUUGACGUGAGCAGGGAUGGUCAGAGGCGGAGCGCCUUUGAGCUGCUUCACUACAAGGACAUCGACGUCGAGCGGUUGCUUCCGCAUGUCCCCGGCCUCGAAGCUCUGCAGCCUCGCAUCCUCGAGCGCGUCGGUAUCGCCGGCAAGUACAAGCAGCACAUUAUCCGCCAGAUGCAUGAGAUCUCGCUGUUCCUCCGCGAUGAGAACCUCGCCAUCGAUGAGAGUGUCGAUUACGACACGAUGCCUGGGAUGAGCAGCGAGGUGCGGUAUCGACUGAAGAUGGCCAGGCCAGCAACUCUCGGCCAAGCGAAGCGCCUCGAGGGCGUCACGCCAGCUUCCCUGGCCAGCCUGAUGAAGUACGUGCGGAAUCGCGCUGCGAGGAAGGCGCAGCUUCAGCAGGCAACGGCCGUUGUCGACUCGGACCCGUCCGUACGAAGCGAGGCUGGCGCCAUUCUUGGCAUGUGA